AUGAUUGACACUAAAAAAGCGCAGUCAGAUGUGUAGAGACACACAGAGGACAUUCAGCAUCAAGAAGAUCAGCAGAGCUGAACUCAACUCACAAUGAAUAUCCUCCUCGUCUUAUCUUUCUUCAUCAUCUCAGGUGCAGUGAGAUGCUUCGAUGUGAUUGGAUAUUCUGGAGGAAGUGUUCUUGUUAAUUCAUUAAAACCUUGGCACAAAAAUAGUGCUAAAUAUAUGCACGAACAUGAACAGUGGAACAUGAUAAUAAAUCAUGAGAAACAUGAUCAGUGGAUUAAUGAAGGAAGGUUUACUCUGUUUUGUAACAUUGAUGGUAAUCUGAUGAUCUACAUCAGAGAUCUGAACACAGAGGAUUCUGGGACAUACCGAAUUGGGGUUGAUGGCCAAUGGUACAAUGAUAUAUCUUUAGAUAUAAAAGAAAGUAAGGCAUCUGAAGAUUGUGUAAAGAAUCUUCUAAUCAUAAUCUACUGAUGAUUGUGAACUAAAUGUCUUCAUAUGUGAUUGACAGAUUCAUGUUGUGGGGCGUCACAGACAGUAAUGGUGAAUACUGGAGAAACUGCAAACUUCAGAUGUCAAUAUUCACAGGAUUACAAGACUGAUAACAAGAUCAUAUUUAAAGAAGAAAAAGAAUCAAUUGUAAACAUCUACAGCACUUACAGACAGGAGAAGAACAAAAGAUUCAGUAUUUCUGAUGACAGGGAUAAAAACCUCUUUAGUGUGAGAAUUACUGAUGUGAGAUCAGAAGAUGCAGGAGUUUAUUUAUGUGGAGUUUGGCUUUACAGAAACUCCUACAGUUACUCCAUUAUUACUGCUGUUUAUCUGAACGUUAUGAUGCCUCCAGUGUUUGGAGAUGAUGGGGGAUCUGCUCAGAUCAUUUGUCCUUAUGAUCCCAUCUAUAAAUCAAAGUCAAAGUAUCUGCGUAAGAGCUCAACUACAGAUAGAAAUCCUCUCAAUGAGACCGUGAGAGAUGAGAUGAACAGAUUGACUAUGAAUGAUGACAUGACAGCAAGUGUGUUUACUGUGAACAUCACUGAACUGACAGCAGAGGAUGCUGGGAAAUACUGCUGUACAGUGAAAUUAGAAACAGAUUUGAUUUAUCUUUGCACUCAUCUGAUUAUUAUCAUGAACGAGGAGAUGAUCUUGAAUAAACGUGAAGGAGACAGCAUGUCAAUCGAGUGUAAACAUCAUGCAAAAUAUCAGAAAGUCUUUUGUAAAGCACACAAACCCUCAAUGUGUGUAAAUGAUGGAGUUUCAUUACAGUCAGUGAGAGUUAAUGAAACAUCUGGAGUCUUCAUUGUAAACAUCAGUGAUCUGAGAGAAAAGGAUUCUGGGAUAUAUUGGUGUGGAUCUCACAUCGUCACUAAAGUGCAGUUAAACGUCAGAAAAGAUCUGUUUUACAUCAUCUUGAUUUCUGUGUGUGUCCUGCUGCUGACUAAAACAAUAAUGCUGCUGGUGAUUUUAUGGUGCAUUAUAAAAAUGAUGAUCGUCCCCUUGUCACACAGAAACACACACAGAGAGGGAGAAAGAGAGAGAGAGAGAGAGAGAGAGAGAGAGAAAGAGACAGACAGACAGACGUAA